UGCGGAUGAGUAUUUUGCACUGGGUCAAAUUUGUAUCUUGAGCACAGGAUGUCAAAAUUUCGAAGAGCCCAGUUCAAGCCUUGUCAGUUAAUAUUCAAGUUCCGGACCUUUUUAAAGCGACACAUCGAUACGUACGCCGCUCGACAUAUCCCUCAGCUAAACAUCGGCAUAACUGCAGCGAAUGUCUUCGAACGACUUUGACUAUAGCCUUUGGGCUAGAAACAACUAUCAUGGUAUAUGUGGCUUGAUUGCUGAGAGCGCACUCUAUGGCAUAUAUGCGGUCCUUAUUAUUUAUGCCAUCAGAAAUCUUUGGUUCGCCGAGGACUCCAGUCGAACGAAAGCCCGAGUUAUAACUCUACUCUCUCUUCUUAUCAUGUUCACAAUAUCCACGACACUUUGGGCACUGGAUAUCACCGAUUUCCUCAGAGGCUUGCACAAGAUUCUCAUUCUCACCGAUGGGACGACUACCCAGAGAAAUGCGGACUAUUUAAUCGAGCUCAAUCCCAGAGUCAUUGUUCAAACGACGCUCUUUUCCAUAGAGUACCUUAUUGGUGAUGGCGUCGUAGUGUGGCGUGCAUGCGCACUGUGGGGGUAUAGCAAGAAAAUCAUGUUCCUUCCAAUCCUGUUGCUGAGUGCAGCGGCUAUCCUAAUAACGUUUUUUGUUGGUUGUUUGGGGGUUCAUGAUUGGACGUAUAUCGCCGGAGAACCAGAAACUUGCUAUGACAGCUACAUUAGCAUCUUCUUUCUAUCAAUCGCCACUAACCUGCUGGCCACAAGUUUGAUUGCGACAAAAGCAUGGAUGCAUCAUCGCCUUCUGCUAAGUGCUUCGGUGGAGAAAACGACUAGGGUUUUGAAAGUCUUGAUUCUUCUGGUCGAAUCUGGAUUCAUCUAUCUUCUCAUAUGGGCCGCGAAGAGCAUGAGUGUAUUUGGGGACCUCAGCUCAACGGUGAAUGGUCAAUUUGCUGUCAGCAUGUUGAAUUCAAUGGGAAACCAGAUUGUGGGGUUGUAUCCAACGCUCUUAGUAGUGUUAGUACACAUGCAACACACAGCAAUCAAUGUAGACCUGGAGAGCUUUCCAAAUUGGGUCCCGGACAUGAGCGAUCACGAUAAACGUGCCGCAGAAGAAGGGCUUAUAUUCUCAAAUCCUUCUGACACUUCGACCACUAUGGGUUGGCCCAUCAAUCUGACGUUGUCGAAUGGACCGCACUAACAAUCUUAAAAGCUAACCAUUUGUUCCCCUCCGAUCUCACAAUAUAAUGAGGGUAAAUAUCUCUAUCAUGGACUAUCACGACACACAUAUGUUGUACAGUAUCUGAACUCUCAAAAAUGCUUGUGUUGGAAAAAUCACGAUAUGACACGAUAUAGCUAUUAGUACUCCUACAAUAGUCGCUGCAGCAAUUAAUUUGA